AGUAAGCCCCGAGGAUGGGAGGACUGCUCGGCUAACGAGACUCGCGCCGCUCGGGACAGCGACCGCGCGGCUCCUCACUAAUUUCCCUCCCUUUCCUUCACUUCUGAUACUAUCGCGCAUACCUGCCGACUUUUUGUUUGUGUUGGAAGCUCUCCCCGCGGAGCGCCCGCCGCCCGGCCUCGUCUGCACAACGUCUCGAGACGCGCUGCGGAGCGCACCCACGGCUCCUCGCGACCGACGCGCGCGUAAACAUUCACGAUACAAUGAAAACAUUGUUGUGAGCUUGUGACUCCGCGCAAUCAUCAACAAUGAAGUGUUUCUCCGCACUAUUUUUAACUGUGACCCUCGCUUUCGAAACCACAGCCGAGGCGUCCGUGAGGACAUGUGAACCGAUCAAAGUGGCUAUGUGCAAGAACAUCGGAUACAACCAAACGGGAAUGCCCAACUUGGCCCGGCACACUCUUCAAGCUGAUGCCGAUGUGACUCUCCAAACUUUUAGCCCCUUAGUGCAGUAUGGAUGCUCGUCUCAGUUACAUUUGUUUUUAUGUGCGGUUUACGUUCCGAUGUGUACGGAUAAGGUCGCUCUGCCCAUAGGGCCGUGUAGAGGGUUGUGCGAGAGUGUCUACGCCAGAUGCUACCCCGUCCUCCGAGGUUUCGGGUUUCCUUGGCCAGCAGAGUUAGAUUGCUCUUUAUUUCCAGCUGAGAAUAACCACGAGCACAUGUGUAUGGAAGGGCCGGGGGAACGUGCACCGCCGUUGGGGACGAUACCUCUGGACGCAACGAAUACGGCUGGUAGAGGGAAUUGUAGGCGUCUCGUUAAGCCGAAUAGCUGGGUUUACGUUAGAGGGUCCGGUCGCUGCGCUCAGUUCUGUGACGCUGAAGUGUUGUGGGAGUCGGGGGAGCGUCGGGCGGCAGAAGUGUGGCUCGCCACAUGGGCGGCACUCAGCUUCGCGUGUACACUGGCAGCAGUGGCGGCACAGCUGGCGUGUGGAGACCGAGGCGGAGCUGGGGAACGGGCCCUAGUCCUCGUGGCUCUCUGCAGGUGCGCAGCCGCCGCAGGAUGGGGCGUGAGAGCGGCCGUGGGCAGAACUGCAGCCGGAUGUGCUAAGGACUCGACAUCUCCGACCAGAAUGUUGCUGGCACAUGAUGGACUAGCGAACCCCAACUGCGCUGUCGUCUUCUUGCUGUUGUACUACUUCGGACUGGCUGCUUCAGUUUGGUGGGUGGUAGUGACAGGAGCAUGGCGCGCCAGUGUGCUGCGUCCACCGACCACCAGCGCCGGCGCAAGGAACGACCGCCACUCUUCCUUACUGCAACUCGCGGCUUGGGGCGUCCCUGCUGCGCUGGCGGCGGCCGUGCUUGUCACGAGGGAUGUUGAUGCUGAUGAGCUUACAGGAACUUGCUUCGUGGGCAACCAAUCUAGUAAAUCCUUGCUAGCGUUGGUCAUCGUGCCCGAAGCGAUUUGCUUGCUACUGGGCAGCGUCUUCCUUGCAUCCGGUCUCCGUGCAGUGCUUCGGAAACCUCUGCCGAUCCCAGCUCCAGCAACGCUUCUGAAUUCUGCUCCCCAAGCUCAUCCUGACCAGAGUUUGUUAAGGCUCGGUGCAUUUGCCGCGUUAUACGCCGUGCCAUCCGCGUGCAUACUUGCAACGUGGGUGUAUGAAUACAUCCUUAGAGAAAACUGGUUGUCUGCACCCGUACCUUCCACAGAACCGUCCACCCAACCACGACCUGCCUUCUGGGUGUUUCUAUUCAGAAUAUUCGCAUCACAAAUACUAGGAGUUAUGGUCGCUGUGUGGAUUGCUACUCCAAGAUUAAAGGCAUUGUGGAGAAGGAUAAGUGGGCCGAGAAAACCAGCCUUAUCGAAAUGUCCAUCCGGUCCACCGCCCGCGCCUUUGACGCUACAUUGUUAUGCUACUCACCCGCAUACGUUGACGAGACAUCCACAAAAAUAUGCCACGUACAGACCUCCACAGCAACAGUCCUACAGGAAACCUAGGCAUUACCAUUAUUCUGCUGGCGAAACUAUUCUAUGACCGCGUCAUAUGAAGUGGUUCCUGAUAUAAGACUGUUUAUAUACAGAUGCACAUCUGUUAUGCAUUUAUUAUUGCCAGUUUAAGUCUGACGUCAUUAGAACAUAUUUUAUUAGACUGCAGACGAUACGAGUGCCAUUAUGAAGAAUUUGAAUUACAAAUGUGUAAAUAUUUUACCGUGUUAAUCAUUAAAGAAAGCCAAUACAGGCAAUGUUAAAAAAGUUGUGGCAAAAUACAUAGGACUACCUAUUAUAAAAAACAGAUACUCAUCAUCAUCAUUUCAACCCAUCCAUAGGUCUCCUCUCGAAAUGAAAAGGGUUAAGGCCAUAGUCCAAAAACAGAUGCUAAAGGUAUCUGAAACUAAAACACAGAAAUGAAUAUGAUAAUAAAAUGUGUAGAUAAGGUAGGUAGGUACAAUAUUCAUGUGUUACCUAUUGCUAUCCAUGUUGAAUGUUGAUUAGUUACUGCUUCUCGUUGACUAUUUACUCGACAAUAAAGUCAGUAAAAACAAUAAAUCGAGCGUUCGAAAGCGUCUAAUUACAUACAAAAUUAGUACAAAAUGAUCUUUAUGGGUAAUAAAUACCUACCUAUGUAUUUCGCCAAAUACAUUUUGACCUCGCCGUUAUAGAAAUAUAGUUGUUAACUUUUGAAAAUACUUUUAAGAUUUUGCAAUGUCACUAUUCUUACGCGGGAAAAUUUACAAGGCAUAGACAAAAAUUUUCCCGCGUAUUAGAAGAACAAGCCCAUAGAGGCUAAAUAGGUGUCUGAACUCUAAACCGCUGAAGGAGAGUUCAACCUUUUCUUUGAUAAGAACCUUUUUAAAGACUAUACGUAUAAAUAGGUAGGUAUUAUUCGAAAGAGUAUAAUUUCCUGUUUCAUAACUAGCUAUAAAAUAUUAUUAAUUAUUU